AUGAACUGUUUUGUUUGUAAUAAAAAAGUUGAUAUCAAUGAAUUGAUAAAAUGCAAGGGUUGCAAAGCGGCUUUCCAUCAUAAAUGCGUAAAUAUUACUUCUACUGCAUUUAGGGACGGGCAACAGCAACUGAAACGUACUUUUAUGUUCAGUUCUUAUUCCAGUAUAACUCAGCGCAUACGAGUAACCGUUGAUACCCCAGUUCGUGGCUCUGAUGUACACCUGAGGGACAAAGAUUUAUCCAACUUAUCCCUCGAAGAAAGCACUCCCUUAGACAAAAAAGGAUCUUUGACAUCUGAAGGGAUGAUCAACUUUGCAGAUUUAUUGGAUAAAGUAAAUAAUAUGAUUGUUGAAAAGUUGAGUAGUUUUGAGACCAAAAUAUUAAGCGAAAUUAAAGCUUCUGUUACAGUGUUAGCACAGGAAAAUAGUAAAAUAAGGCAAGAUCUAAGUGAAGCUAAUAAAAAAUGUAGUUUAUUAGAUCAAGAGAUUUUAAUUUUGAAAAAUGGAAAAAAUACGGAGCCUAAUGUCGAAGAAAAUCGACAUAGUCGACGAAAGGCAACGGUGUCAAAAUUGGGAUCUGAUACUACUCCAAGCUUGUCGCUGGCACCGGUAGCGGUGGAGCAGCCGGCGCUGCCCGCGCUCGAUCGUUCUGCACCCUCUAGCUCCGAGUUGACAGCGACGUCGGCGACGGCGAGCUCAGCGGUUAGUUACGUGGCAGUGGCCAGUAAGGCAGCGAAACCGAGAGCCAGCGAUACCAAUACCAAUACAUACACUGAAAUUAAAGGGAGAAAGAAGGUCUGA